AUGGACCAAAGGUUAUUACAUUGCAGUGAAACGCGAGCUGUUCCGUUGAGUCAUAAUUUCUAUCAAAAGAUUUUAGAGAAGAAUACGGUAUUAAUUGGGCAAAAUUCGAGUGCGAGUUCUAAUGGUAAGUAGUUUAUUCAAAGCUUUUUUUUAGGUUUUAUCGAAGAAAAUAAUAAAUAUUUUCCAGGCGCCUCCAAUACCACUAAAAUUGUAGAACAUUUAUUAAAAACAAAUGAGAAAUUUAUCGAAGAAGCUGCAAUGAAACAGGCUGCACCAAAUGGUGUUAAUAUCAAUCAUCAACAGUACACCAACUUGAUUCCUCUGAGUUUCGAUGAACAAGAAUUUAUUCGAAAUAUCGAACAGCAACGGAAAAAAUGA